CAACACUAAUUUGGCAGCUAAGCAAACCCAAAAUGUUUGAGUUUUACUAAAUAUUUUGAAAAAGGCAGUAUCUGGCAGGAAAACAGAGAAAUUCAAAAUUAACAUACUUCACGGAACGUGUCCCAAUAAACACUCUACGAAUCAAUAUGGCAUUGGCCGGAUAUAUACGCGAGGGUCUGAACGUGGCCCUCAUUAUGGGCGCUGGCGAUAUGAUCGCCCAGCUGGCGCUCGAGAAGAGAGACUUCAAGGAUUGGAAUGUCGGCCGUACGGCACGCUUCAGUGCUUUGGGCCUGGUCAUUGUCGGGCCCUCGUUGCGCAAAUGGUACGGCACGCUGGAUACGUUGAUAACCAAGGAUCAGUCGUCAGUGCAGCGUGGCAUUAAGAAGAUGUUAAUCGAUCAGGGCUGUUUUGCGCCUCCGUUUACAUUGCUGCUGACGUAUCUGGUUCCGUAUAUGAACGGCGAGAAGCAUGACACGAUUGUGAAGCGUAUUAAGGAGAACUAUAUUACGAUAAUGAAGGGCAGUUUUAUGGUGUGGCCAUUGGCGCAAACAAUCAAUUUCACAUUAAUUCCCGUACAGUAUCAAGUGAUCUAUGUACAAUUAAUUGCUUUAUUUUGGAAUUGUUUUUUGUCCUUGAUACUGAACGAACGAUAACGAGAUGGCCAAUGGAUUCGUAUCUCCACAGAGACACGUGAAUAGUGUGGUUAAAUAGACUGAAAGUUAAUUAAAUAGCAACUCGCACGAG